GUAUCUCGUUCUGCCCGUUAUAGUUGUUCGAAACAGCAAAACUGAAAUGGAGCUCGAAAUUAACUGUGAUAAGAACAAUAGAAUAUGGAGAGUUUUCCAGCGACUCGACAGAUUAAGAAAAAAUAAAGAUCGUUGUGACGUUUUAAUCAAGGUUGGAUCUGAUGAAAUCCCGGCUCAUAAGAAUGUGUUGUCUGCUAACUCGGAUUAUUUUGAUACGAUGUUUGAGCAUGACACGGAAGAAAAAAAAUCAGGAAUAUGUGAAUUGAAAGAAAUUGAUGCAUUUUGUGCUAAAAAAUGUGUUGACUACAUGUACAGCUGUGAAAUUGCUGCUCCAUUCGAAAAACUCGGUGAUUUAUUGCAUGCUGCCACAUUAAUGCAACUUGAUGAAAUUUGUAGCGGAAUUGUGGAACUUCUUGUAACAAAUCUGAGUAUAGAAUCAGUAUUUGAAACCAGAAAAAUUUCCAAAAUGUUUAAUCUGACAAAUGUUAAAGAAAUAUGCAACCAAUUCAUUUUGGAUAAAUUUGAAGAAAUCUCAAAGGGUGAUGAUUUUGGUUUUUUCGAUAAAAAGGGAGUUAUAAACAUGAUAAAAUUUAAAAAAUUGAAAGUUACGGAAGACGUGAAACUUAGGGCUGUAUUCAACUGGAUUAAAUUUGAUUACAAACACCGUAAAAAGUUUGCAGGCGAUCUAAUUGCUUUGGUUGAUUUAUCCAAAUUAUCUCUUGGGUAUCGAAGAUAUGUCAUUGCCAAUGAAGAUAUUGUCAGAAAAAAUGCUGAUCGUCAGUUCAAAUUCAGCAUGUCUGUGAUGGAUUCCAUGAAUAUUACGCCAUCGAGUGUUGCUGAAAGUGCGAGUGAAAAGGGUAUUGUCGUUUUUAAUAAAAAAUCUGGCUACCUGCAUUGUUAUAAUCCUGAAAACAACUCGUGGGUUCAAAUGCAACAAAUGAACGAAGACAUGGAGGAUGAAAAUUUUUCUGCUGUUGCUGUUGACGACUUCAUUUAUGUUAUGAUGGAAAACAAGGCUUUUUACAGGCUUAAGUAUAAUGAUGAAGAUGCCUCCUGGGAGAAUAUGGCUGAUAUGCUUGUAGAGCAUGGCGAGUAUCCUCCAGCUGUUGUUUCGAAUAACAACAUUUAUGUCAUCGGGACUUCUUCUCCAUACAACGAUACCAACGCUGUUGAGAAGUAUGAUCCCAGUUUAAACAUAUGGACAAGAUUAAGAAAUAUCUCACAACCCUUGUAUCGACCAGGAUUAUUAGUUUUUCAAAAUAAGAUUUAUUGUUUUGGUGGCUACUCCUCUGGACAGUUACUAAAUAUAGUCGAUCAGUUUGAUGCCGAAGCUGAUGUUUGGAAAAUAGUCAGUCAUAUGCCUGAUGCAAAAUCAGAUGCUGCUGUUGUUACAGUUGGUGAAAGCAUUUAUAUUCUUGGUGGACUUGUCGAUGACUCCGAAUCCACUACAGCAGUUCAACGAUUUGAUCCAAUAAGUAAUCACUGGCAAUCUUUAAAUCCAAUGCUUACCAGCCGAUGUUCAUUUAAUGCUUUUGUAAUUCAGGAUUUCAUUUAUGCAGUUGGGGGAUGUGGAUAUUGUAACAGCUUAGAGAAAUACAACAUUGCAGAGAACAAAUGGGAGAUGAUCGAGAAACCAGAAAAAAUGGAAUUGGAAAUUUCCGAGUCAGUAGUAAUCCAAGGUUUUCACCAUUAUUCAAUGAUUAAUUAACUUUCAAUACAAUAAUAUUAUCCAAUUUGUUUAAUUGUUCGAAUAAAUAUUGGUUAUUUUGUGACAUUCAGAUAAUUUAUUUUCGUCAUGCAUGAAACGUUGUAAACACAAAUAAUAAUAACUCAA